ACAACGGUCUUGGCUUCUGUUUGAUCGAAGAUGACGGUGCGAAAUCUUCCUUUCUGGGUUUCUGCAUGGCUUUUUAUUUCUGGUAUUAUUUGCACGAUUGAUGCCUUGUUUGUCAUCCUGCGUCCUCAUACCCUACCAGGAGGGAAAUGGAACCAUAUCGUCCAGGCUUACAAUCUUUACCUCCAAGUUGACUUAAGAUACUCAGAUCUCAAGGACACAUUUGUCAAGGGAAUAAGCUUGAUGAAUCUGGUAGAGGUGUUCAUCAACUACAUUGUUUUAGCCAUACAAAUCAGUGGGAAACCGGGGCUCUCAGUCCUGCUUGCCUUCAUGGUCAGCACAAUGACAUUUUCCAAGACAGUGUUGUAUUUCCUUGUUUCUACUUCAUUGUGUAAUGGGGAACACUUUGUGAACCAUUCUGAUUGGAGGAAAACAGUAUUCUUAUAUUUCAUUCCAAAUGGCAUCUGGAUUCUUGUUCCUUUCAUUUGCAUGGUGGCCACAGGAAGUAUAUUAGUACACAGCAUGGAAAGUGGUCAACAAUCUAAAAAGAAGAAAAAAUCACAGCAGCUCAAGUUCAUUAUGGCUGGACGAAUUCUUCCAUUUUGGGUAGCAGUGUGGCUCUUUAUUUCAAGUAUUAUUGUCACGAUCGACGCUUUGUUUGUACUUUUACGACCCCAUUCACUACCAGAUGGAAAAUGGAACUUCCUUUUUGAGCCAUACAAUAUUUACAUCCACGUCGACAAAAGAUACGCAGAUCUGAACGACACAUUUAACUAUGGACAAAGCUUCAUGAAUCUGGCAGAAAUGUGUCUUAACAUCAUUGCUCUAAUAAUGUAUAACAAGGGCAAAGUUGGACUAUCAGUGCUGGUUGCUUUCAUGGUGAGCACAAUGACAUUUUCCAAAACAGUUUUCUAUUUCCUUGUCUCUAGUGAGUUGUGUGGUGGACAACACUUUGUGAACCACAAUGAGUGGAAGUCUGCAGUGUUUUUAUACAUCAUUCCAAAUGGUAUCUGGAUAGUUGUUCCCUUUCUCUCUAUGGUGGCCACAGGAAAGAUCAUAGUGGAUUGUACAGGAAAUGGACAAACAUCAGGAAAGAAAACAAAAUCUAAUUAGAUAGGGAGUGUUACAUUGAAAAUACCAUUGAUAUGUGUGGUAAUUAACUUUAAUGUGGUAAUUCUGAGAGUGCUCCUAAUAGAUGUCCAACAUACAACCUACUGAUUAGUACUUUGGAAGGUCUACCACUGAGCCUUAGGAAACUUGUGGCAGGCUAGGCUGUUUUACUAGGUCUACGGUCACUGACAAACUUCCUGCAUACUGCUGGGAUACGAAUGUCAAAGUGAAAUGCUUCUGCACAGUCAAUGAAGGUGGUAAAUUUAUAUUCUAGAGUGCUGGACUACCUAUCUUUUGGGGGACAAUUAGACAAGUAGAUAACUACCAGGAACAUCACUGUUUGUCAUCACUCUUCUUUUAUUGCUUUUGUUAAGAAAUUAGAAAUUCUGAAGCACAGGGCUCGACACUAACUUUUCAACUUACUAGCCAAGUGGCUAGUGACAUCUUAGUUGUUUUUAGAUGUUACGAC